AUGGCCCUUGUGGGUCCAUUCUGGAUGCGGCUGUCCGCUCGCUUUGUUGUCUUUUGGGACAAGACAAUUCGUGACGCCCUGACCGAUCCUGAUCGGCAGGGAGGGUUUUUGAGAGCAGUUCUGUUGGUGGACCAGAACCUGCUUCGGCAGCUCAAGAAGGAGGAUGAGGCCCUCUCCGCCGCCAAAGCCGAUGCCGCCGCCGCCGAGGACACCGCUGAGAGGCCCCGCGAGCAGCUCGCUGCUGCCAAGGACAGGAUGACCGCCCUCGAGCGGAUGAUGGCUGACGCCUGGAGGACCGCUGCCGAGUGCAAGCGCACCGCGGGUGAGAGCGCCCGGAUGAUUGCCGAGCUCAGGCACGGCCUGGAAGAGGAAACGCAAGCGUAA